AUUGCUAAUCCUCGUCAUCCUCUCAUGCCAGGAGGACGCUCACUAUUACCGACUGCUGCCGACUGAACUGAGCUCUGGGAUCCGGACUUCUAGUUGAGAAGAGACAGAACAUGGCUGAGGACACAGACAGCGAUCUCACGCCCGUGGAUUUUAUCCAGCUGCAGGAAUACAUGGAAGACAGCAAUUUGAGGGUUAAAGAUGUGAUCAAGGACUUUCAGAGUGGUGGUCGGCUGGCCCAGCACACUUAUGGAGAGUGUUUGGAUGCAGAAGGCUUCUGCUGCUUCCUCAAAACCUACCUUGAGGUGGAUGAAUUUCCCCAUGAUUUCUGCCAGCGACUUUUCCGCUACUUCCGAUGUGUCGAGCAGGAUGGCUCCACGCCCGAAGCCCAGGCCAAACAUGGGGUGCUUCUCCGCGACAUGUCCUGUUACUUCUCAGUGCUGGAGGACGGGCAGCCUCGGGAGAAGCUGGAAUUCACGUUCAAACUUUAUGACAAAGAUGGCAACGGACAUCUGGAUAGCUCAGAAGUGGACCGGAUCAUCAACCAGAUGAUGCGAGCAGCGGACUACCUGGGCUGGGACGUGACCGAGCUCAGAUCUGUGCUGAAGGAAAUGAUCCGGGCCAUCGACGUGGACAACAGCGGCACGGUCACGCUGGACGAGUGGCUGAAAGGAGGCAUGAACAAUGUGCCCCUACUCGUUCUGCUCGGGCUGAAGGUACCAGAGAAGGAUGGGCAGCACAUCUGGAGAUUGAAGAACUUCACAAAACCGGCGUACUGCUGCGUGUGCGAGAACAUGCUCCUCGGACUCAGGAAGCAGGGACUCAGCUGCAACUGUUGCAAGUAUACUGUCCACAGUCAGUGUGCCAACAAGAGUCGUGAACCCUGCGCUCCGACGUUUGUCAGCGCUGCACAUAAAUUUAGGGUACCGUGCCACGACUGGGUCCGAACCGACCGCAGCGCCUCCAAGUGUCAAGUUUGCCAAAAGAAGAUUAAAACUUUAACUGGACGGCGUUGUGCGUGGUGUCAUGAAAUACGCCAUGAAGAGUGCGUCUUCUCCGGGUUGUCAACCUGCGACCUUGGACCCCUCAAAGAUCACAUACUCCCUCCUUGGGCCAUAUUCGCAGACUCCAAGGAGCAUGACACCACCCUGUUGAACAUGACACCUGACGGCCACAUUCUACAGGUGGUCGCAGUUCCGGACACUCACCCCCUGCUAGUGUUUGUAAACCCCAAAAGUGGAGGAAAUCAGGGUGAAAAAGUUCUCAGCGUGUUUCAGUACCUGCUGAACCCGCGCCAAGUGUACAACCUAUCAGACGGUGGCCCCGCCCCAGGGUUACGCUUCUUCCGUAAUGUCCGUGACUACAGGAUCUUGGCCUGCGGGGGAGACGGCACGGUCGGGUGGCUCCUGGAUGCUAUAGACAAAGCGGACCUCCAGGUGCCCCCUCAGGUGGCUAUCCUGCCCUUGGGCACGGGGAACGACUUGGCUCGCUGUCUGCGCUGGGGAGGAGGCUACGAAGGCUCGGACCUGAGCGAGAUCCUGAAGAACAUUGAGGAAAGUGAGCUGAUCCACAUGGACCGCUGGAACAUCGAGGUGAUCCAGAAUGAUCCUAAAGAAACUGGAGACCCCGUCCCCAGCCAGAUCAUCAAUAGCUACUUCUCAAUAGGAGUGGAUGCUGCUAUUGCGCAUCGCUUUCAUUCCAUGAGAGAGAAACACCCUCAGAAGUUCAACAGCAGAAUAAAAAACAAGCUGUGGUAUUUGGAGCUGGCCUCGUCUGAGACCAUCAACUUGUCGUUCAAGAAGCUCGCAGACUGCCUGACAAUUGAGUGCAGUGGCAAACAUCUGGACCUGAGCAGCGUCUCCAUAGCGGGCAUCGCUGUGGUCAACAUACCCAGCAUGUACGGCGGCACCAACCUAUGGGGCCAGUCCAAGAAGCCUGGCGAGCCAGCAGAUGUGACGCAGCAUGACGCCAUCACAGAUCCAGAAGUUCUGAAAACCACGCCUCAAGAUAUGACCGACAAGCGUCUGGAGGUGCUCGGUCUGGAAGGGGUGAUCGAAAUGGGUCAGAUCUACACUGGACUAAAGAGCGCCGGGCACAGGCUGGCGCAGACUUCCCAAGUAACCAUCAGGACUUCGAAAUCCUUGCCCAUGCAAAUUGACGGAGAGCCUUGGAUGCAGCCUCCUUGUACAAUCCACAUUACUCACAAGAACCAAGCCAACAUGUUAAUGGCUCCACCAGAAAAGUCAUUCGGCUUCUUUCACGUGUAGAACAACCUUUUCCCAAUAAACUGUCAAUGGCAAAAUCUACUGUUAUCGCUAAGGAAUGAAUGCUGUUUGCAUGUUGGCUGACUGGAGGAUUGAAGAUGGAUGCUGGGGCCGAAUGCUUUUCAAAUAAAGUGAUGACCUGCACUACCGGCGU